UGCGGGUUUAGUGCGCAUGCGCAGCCCCAGCUAGUAGCCGCGGGUACAGACAGCGCCCGGCACUCACUCACCGGAGCAGUCACUCACUGACGGCCUCACUGCUUCUUCACACCCGCUCAGCCGCCAUGGUGGACUAUCACGCGACCCCCGGGGUCCCCAGGCCCAUGGGAAUCAUAGGCCCCGAUGGCCGGUACAUGGAGCAGGAGGACGACUGGGACCGGGACCUGCUGCUCGACCCGGCCUGGGAGAAACAGCAACGGAAGACCUUCACUGCUUGGUGUAACUCCCACUUACGCAAGGCUGGCACUCAGAUAGAAGACAUCGAUGAGGAUUUUCGUGAUGGGUUGAAGCUCAUGCUUCUGCUGGAAGUCAUUUCAGGGGCACGUCUUCCAAAGCCAGAGCGAGGGAAAAUGAGGGUUCACAAGAUUAAUAACGUUAACAAGGCCUUGGACUUCAUUGCAAGCAAAGGUGUGAAGCUGGUGUCUAUUGGGGCAGAAGAAAUCGUUGAUGGCAAUUCAAAGAUGACUCUAGGAAUGAUCUGGACAAUUAUUCUUCGUUUUGCAAUUCAAGAUAUCUCUGUUGAAGAGACCUCUGCAAAGGAAGGCUUGCUGUUGUGGUGCCAGAGGAAGACUGCCCCAUACAAGAAUGUCAAUGUCCAGAACUUCCACAUAAGCUGGAAGGAUGGAUUGGCUUUCAAUGCAUUGAUCCACAGACAUCGGCCUGAACUGAUAGAAUACGAUAAACUCAGAAAGGAUGACCCAGUUACCAAUCUGAACAAUGCCUUUGAAGUGGCUGAGAAGUAUCUUGAUAUCCCCAAGAUGUUGGAUGCUGAAGACAUUGUCAACACCGCUCGUCCUGAUGAGAAGGCAAUCAUGACCUAUGUGUCUUCUUUCUACCACGCCUUCUCUGGAGCCCAGAAGGCCGAGACUGCAGCUAACAGGAUCCGCAAGGUACUAGCUGUGAAUCAGGAGAAUGAGCACCUGAUGGAGGAUUACGAGAAGCUUGCUAGUGAUCUUCUUGAAUGGAUCAGUCGCACAAUUCCUUGGCUGGAAGACCGCGUGCCUGAGAAGACAAUGCAGGACAUGCAGCAAAAACUGGAGGAUUUCCGUGAAUAUCGCCGUGUGCACAAACCUCCCAAAGUACAAGAGAAAUGCCAGCUGGAGAUCAACUUCAACACCCUGCAGACCAAACUGAGACUUAGCAAUCGCCCUGCAUUCAUGCCGUCAGAAGGCAAGAUGGUGUCGGACAUUAAUAACGGCUGGCAGCAUUUGGAGCAAGCUGAGAAAGGCUAUGAGGAAUGGCUUUUGAAUGAGGUUCGCCGAUUGGAGAGACUUGAACAUUUGGCUGUGAAGUUUCAUCAAAAAGCAACAAUUCAUGAAAGCUGGACCGAUGGUAAGGAGGCUAUGCUAAAGCAGAAGGAUUAUGAGAGUGCCACCCUAGCCGACAUCAAGGCUCUCAUUCGCAAACACGAGGCUUUUGAGAGCGACUUGGCUGCCCACCAGGACAGAGUGGAACAAAUUGCUGCUAUUGCACAGGAGCUGAAUGAGCUUGAUUAUUAUGACUCUCCCAACGUGAAUGCUCGCUGUCAGAAAAUUUGUGACCAGUGGGAUGUUUUGGGAUCGUUGACGCACACAAGAAGAGAAGCGCUGGAGCAAACAGAAAAGCAGUUGGAAGCCAUCGACCAGCUGUACCUGGAGUAUGCCAAGAGAGCAGCGCCCUUUAACAACUGGAUGGAAGGGGCCAUGGAAGAUCUUCAGGACAUGUUCAUUGUGCACACCAUUGAAGAGAUUGAGGGUCUCAUUACAGCCCAUGAGCAGUUCAAGUCCACUCUUCCAGAUGCUGACCGUGAGAGGGAGGCUAUCCUUGGCAUCCAGAAUGAAGCCCAGAAGAUUGCAGAUUACAACCAUAUCAAGCUUGCCAGUGGGAAUCCUUACACCGCGGUAACACCGCAGACUAUCAACUCAAAGUGGGAAAAGGUUCAGCAGCUGGUCCCAAGGAGAGACAUUGCUUUGAAGACCGAGCAAGACAAGCAACAGUCAAAUGAGCGCUUGCGUCUCCAGUUUGCAAACCAGGCCAACGUAGUGGGACCAUGGCUACAGUCCAAAAUGGAGGAGAUUGGCAGGAUUGCCAUUGAGAUGCAUGGUACCCUAGAGGAUCAGAUGACUCAUCUGAAGCAGUAUGAACAGAGCGUUGCCAACUACAAACCCAACAUUGACAAGCUGGAACAGCAGCACCAACUCAUCCAGGAAGCUCUGAUCUUUGACAACAAGCACACCAAUUACACCAUGGAGCACAUCAGAGUUGGUUGGGAGCAUCUCCUUACCACUAUUGCACGAACUAUCAAUGAGGUGGAAAAUCAGAUCCUAACCCGUGAUGCAAAAGGCAUUAGUCAGGAACAGAUGCACGAGUUCCGGGCAUCCUUCAACCACUUUGACAAGGACCAUACAGGUGCUCUGGGACCUGAAGAGUUCAAAGCCUGUCUCAUCAGUCUGGGAUAUGAUGUGGAGAAUGACAGACAGGGAGAGGCAGAGUUCAACAGAAUCAUGGCCAUCGUUGAUCCAAACAACUCUGGCAUGGUGACUUUCCAAGCAUUCAUAGACUUCAUGUCUCGGGAGACUACAGACACAGACACUGCUGACCAAGUCAUUGCCUCCUUCAAGGUGUUGGCUGGGGAUAAGAACUAUAUAACUGCAGCAGAGCUGCGCCGGGAGCUACCGCCAGAUCAAGCAGAGUAUUGUAUCGCUCGCAUGGCUCCCUAUCAGGGUCCUGAUGCAGUACCAGGAGCGUUGGAUUACAUGUCCUUUUCUACUGCCUUGUAUGGUGAAAGCGACCUGUGAGGGAACAGUAGGGAUAGGAUUGGGGGGGGGGGGGGGGUCUCUUUUGGUGAAGUGGCAAUCACCCCCUAUCGGCUAAUAAUGCCUUCCUAUGGCAUAGACUGAGCUCUGGAAGAGCAAGGGGAAUGUUGGGUUAUUCCAUGCCCCUAUCACCAAGGAGUAAUAGGGGGUCAUGUUAACUUUCAAUCCCUUUGCAGGGAGGGAGGAGGGUGCCAGACCAAUCCUCCCCCUCUUCAAAGCUAUCUAUGCAAUGGCUAAGGAGUAAGGGAUGCUUGCUCACACUGCUGGCACAUAUAUUGAGCUUCUGGAUAAUCUUUUCAUAUCUCACAUUCCUCCCCCACCCCCAAUCUCCCUUGGUUUAUUUAUUCCUGGUCCUUUCACACCUGAGUGUGGCGGAUUCCCAGUGCUAGAGCAGCUGGGGGUCUCAUACUGUGUUUGUCUGCCUCUUAUGAGGGCAGCGUUAUAAAUCUUCUGGAGGGCUCCACACUGCAGGCAGGGGAGAGAUCCAUUUUUAGUAUGCGUGCUUCCCUUGAGCAGUCAUAAAUAUUAAAUUAAUAGGGAAACACACAGGUCUGUCGGAAAAGGCAGCUAGUGUUCAUAUGCUCACAUCUGUUACAAACACUUCUGGGGCAUCUAAGGGAAGACCUUAUUGGCAGGACAGUUAGGCCAGCUAAAGAUCCCUAAAUAAUCAUGUUGCAGGAGGAGAGGAUAUGUGAAACCGUGCACAUAUUCCCCCAAUGUUUUAUUAAACCGCCACUGUCCUACAACUACAUUCCUGUUGCAUUUUCUCUGAGGAUGGGAAUAUGCUGCAUGCUAUUUGGAGGAGCUCCAUUCUGUUUGGGGUGUUACCCCUCUUUUCUCCCACCCAACAAUUUCACUUUUGGCCCAUUUACAGAAUAAAUACUAUGCUAUGAAAUAUUUUCUCUCUCUCUCGAAGGACCAAAAAAGUAAAAUUAGAAGGAAAAAAAAAAACUUUAAGAGGGUUACUAUUUACUUAAUUUAGGGGAUUUAUGAUAAAUAUAUAUAUAUAUUCACCUAGCAAAACAUAUAUUUGCAGUUUUUUUUUUUUUCUUUAAAUAAAAGAGUGCUGAUUUUUGUCUGUAACAUUCCUUGUCUCACUUUUUAUACUGGCUGCCGUACAGGAGAGAGAGCUUGAGGGGCAGCAUCCUACUGUCCAUUAUUCCUGCCUCUCCUUACACAACAAUAAAAGUGAUUAUUUUUAAGAUA